AUGGAUCCCAAUCCAUUCCCUCCACCAGCAAGAGGCAGAUGGGGAAUCAACCCCUUUGCAAACUGGAGGAAUCAUCCAGAUUUUGAAGAAGAGGAAGAACACAGGGAGGAAGUUCUGCCCAGGCCAUACAGAAUGGAGCACAGGAUUGACCACGCCCAGCCAGAACAAGGGCGAAAUCCGCACCCUAUCAAUGCUUUAAAUGACAUGGGGGCAUUACAAAGAAUGAUCAGGGAGAUGAUGGAACCUGAAGCUAGAAGAAGAGAAAGGCCCACUUACAAAAUGCCAUAUCCGGCUUACAUUGAUAAACUUUUCCACCAAGCGAUGAUUUCUUGGCAAAUAAAUGAAGGAGCAGUGCGCUAUGCUGGAAUAGUGACGUUUUGGGCUUUUAUUGCGAUUUUGGAGCCCAAGAUGACCUCGGAUGGGUUUGUGGCCUUCUGGAGAAGUGUUCGGAAUAUUUUUAUCUUUAAAACGAGCUAUCUUGGGCCAGAUUUGGGGGAGAUUUGA